CUAUAAAUAAUCUCCGGAGGCUCCCGGAAGAAGCUGCAUUGUCCCUGGGAGGAGAGGCUUCCAUGCAUUGCAGUGCCCAUGCUCGGAUACCUGGCAGCCGCUGCUGUGUGCCUGGCGGCAGUGCUAGUCCUGCGGACGGAUCCAUGGUCCUUCCCUGAGGUCCCCGGGUUGAGCUAUAUCUUUCCAGAGCAGUGCAAGGUGAAGGAAGGGCGGCUGCUGAGCCGGGAGGAGCUGUCCAGAUACCAUGGGGGGCAGGGCAGCCCCGGCUUGUACCUGGCCGUGCUGGGCCAGGUGUUUGAUGUGCAGAAGGGAAUAAAGCACUACGGGCCUGGGGGCUCCUACAGCUUCUUUGCAGGCCCCUUUCAGAAGAGCGAUUGUCUCGCUGUGGACUUGCAGCAGGGAACCCGGACUGAACGGCCAGGCAAAGGAUGCCUCCCGAGCCUACGUGACUGGAGACUUCACAGAUGCUGGCCUAGUAGACGAUGUGUCCGAACUCUCCCCAACACAGAUGUUACACCUCAACAACUGGCUCAGCUUUUACCAGAAGAAUUAUGUCGCGGUAAACUCAUAGGACACUUUUAUGAUGAAGAUGGAGAUCCUACCAAAGCUUUAGAAGAUGCUUUAACAGUCAUUGACGUUGGGUUAAAGUUAAAAGAGCAGAGACAUGAAGAGAAUAAGCAAUUCCCACCAUGUAACUCAGAAUUUAGCUCUGGGGCCAGCAAAGUGUGGUGUUCCAAAAAUAGUGGUGGAAUAAAAAGAGAUUGGGUUGGUGUCCCCAGAAAAUUGUAUCUAGCUGGAUAUGAUGGAUAUCGUUGUGUGUGCGUCAGGACUAAUGGUCCCCCAUCAGAAAAUCCAGACUCUAAAGAACACAAUGAUCGGGGAGAUCUAGACAAUCCAUCCCUAAAGGAAUAUAAAGACUGCAACCCUCUGUUUGACUGGUGCUGGCUUAAAGAAUAAAUGAUAUACCUAUAAUCCUAACUGGCUGAUAUUUGCAACAUGCUAAAUGCUAUAGUUAAAAUGGAUUCCUAAGGCUGGGUUCACACCUGAGCGUUGUGCAAACGCGCGUUUUACGCGCGUUUUUGUCGCGCAUUUUUAUGCGCGUUCUUUGUAAUAGUAAACGCGCGUUUGACG